AUGAGUGCAAAGAAAAAUCAAGUGCAACAGUCCACGCCAGUUCGUUCGAAUCAUAUCGACGCGAGUUCAUCCGGCUUCAUCGACGAUUACUCACAACUUCGACUAUCGUAUUACCAGCACAGAGGUGCUAUAUUAGACAUAACCGACAUUUCUGAAGAUACAUCUGCCGGAGAAACGUUUGAAACGGUGGAAACAAGCUUGAGUGAAACCUCCGUCACCGUCGACGAGAAAGAAGCCAGACGACAGAAACUACGGGAUUAUUACAUUUCUCAAAUCCCGGAUCUUCCGCAUCCAUCAUACGUCGUGGCAUCCAUAAUCUCGUCAGCAUCCCGUAAGAUGGGCUCCAUUCACCUCAGAUAUAAUGACAGAAUCGAACAAGGCAAGCAGGCUCCCGAUUCACAAAAUGAUUUGGAAUUUGAUCCUGAACGUAGAUCGACACUGAAACCCAAUCAGUUUCCCGAUAAGUAAACGUUUCGCGUGAUAUUUUGUAAUAAUUUUUAUGUUGAACGUCGGAUAUGAUCAUGAAUUGUAAUUUAAAUGCAUGUGUGACUUUCUCAUUUAAUUAUUGAUAGCGUAUGAAGAUGAUUAAUUAUACAGAUUUGACAACGAAAGAUCGUCUUUAUUGUGUCCAAAAACAUAAAAUCAAAGUUCAUAUUC